AUGAUUCUGGAGACUCCCGAAUUGAAGGAAGACUUUCAAGUCGAAUUGAAAAAUGUUCUUUCAACCGAAGAACUUAGAGAGGUGGAUAAAGGGUUCGAAUAUGCCUUGGACACAGAAGGUUUGGAAUUGGACCCUGUUAAAGAGAAGAAACUAGUCCGGAAGAUUGAUCUUUAUAUUUUGCCGAUGCUUUGUAUUUUGAUGUCUUGUCAAUUGAUGGAUAAGUCCACUAACUCUUAUGCAUCAAUUGUUGGUUUGACGACUGACCUUAAAAUGGAUACUAGAACUUAUUCCUGGGUCGGAAGCUCCUUUUAUUUGGGUUACUUGGUAUUCUUGUAUCCUGCUAACAUGAUCUUACAAAAAACUCCUAUUUCCAAAACCUUGGCGUUUGCUGUUUUGUUUUGGGGUAUUGUAAUCUGUUGCCAUGGUGCAUGCCACUCGUCUGACACAUUUUUAUUGUGUCGUACUUUGUUAGGAAUGUUGGAAUCUUUUAUGGAUCCAACAUAUAUGCUUAUGACUUCUCAAUGGUAUAAGAAAGAUGAACAAUACGUUAGAUGUGGCUAUUGGUUGGGGAUGCAGGGUUUCGGUACUAUGUUAGGGUCAGGUAUUGCAUAUGGUUUCCAUAAACAUAAAGACUCCUUCUCUUUUGCUCCAUGGAGAUUAUUAUAUAUUGUCACCGGGGUGAUUACCAUAUUUUUUGGAAUUGUCUCUUAUUUCCAUAUUCCAGAUGUUCCAACAAACGCCUGGUUUUUAAACGAGGAAGAGAAAAAAUACGCAGUUGAAAGAGUCAGAAAGAAUAGAACUGGGUUUGGUAACCAACAAUUCAAAUGGUCUCAGUUGAAAGAAUCAGCCAGCGAUAUUACUCUCUAUUUAUUUUUCUUCUAUAUGAUGGGUUAUGGUAUUGAGAAUGGUGCAUUGGGUAAUUUUGGCUCCAUCUUAUUGAAAAACCAGUUUGGAUUCACUACUGGCUCAGCUCUCCUCAUGAACAUGGUCGGUAGCGGUAUUGAUAUUGUUUUUCCAUUAAUGUUUGCAUAUGUCAACAAGUACAUUAUUCCUAGUAGACUUUUAACAGGAUUCCUCAUCAAUUCUAUUGUCUUUAUUGGUCUCUGUUUAUUGGCCUUUGCUCCAAACAACGUUGCUAAAUUGGUUGGUUAUUAUUGCAGUUAUUUGACAACUGCAAGUUGGGCUUGUUUAAGUUCGGUUGUUUCUUCCAAUGUCGCUGGUCAUACCAAAAAAAUCACUGCUAAUACAUUCUUUUUGAUUGGAUUUUGUGUUGGAAAUUUGAUUGGUCCUCAAGCGUUCUUGGCCCAAGAAGCACCUGUAUAUUUCACAGCCAAAAGAACCAUGGUGGGUACAUAUGUUAUGUCAGCCAUAUCACCAUUAGCAAUGUUUGCGAUUUAUUAUUUCAGAAACAAGAAGAAGGAUGAAGAAAACAAAGAACUUGCGGACUCCUCAGAUAUCACACUUUCCUUUGGUGAUAAGACCGAUAAAGAGAAUCCUGCCUUUAGAUAUUGUUUAUAA